GUUAACUAAUCGGUAGUCGCGGAGGGCGGGACUUCAAAUCCUGUGGAGGGCCCGGAAGCGGACACGCGACCUUUUUGUAACAUCUGUGUGAGAACCCGCCUUCCUCUUUUCCCAGCCAUCUUGAAUCUGAAUAACUGAGGCAAAAUGCCCGGUGAAGCCACAGAAACCGUUCCUGCCACAGAGCAAGAAAUGCAGCAGCCCCAGGCUGAAACAGCCGGGUCUGGUGCUCCUGCCUCAGAAGCUCCAGGUGUGCCUGUUGCAGUCCAAGCACCUGUAUCCCCCGUUUCUCCUGAGAAGCCUGUUCAAACUGCAGCUGCUAUUGAAACCAGUUCUGAGCAUGAAUCGGUUUCCUCAGCCAGUGAGUACACGCAGGCUGAAAGUGAAUCCAGCGGUACCAGUAAGAUGGAGCUUUCAGCUGCUACUGACUUGCAUGACCCUGAUCUUCAGCUUCCAUCUCUCCAAACAAUCAGCAAUACACCUUCAUCCCUACUGUCUGCUAAUGUGCUACCUCUUGUCCAAUCUCCUUCAGAGCUCCCUCUGUCUUCUGUUGUUUCUACUGAGGUGCUACCUUGUCCUGCUGCCAGUCAACAAUCCUCAUCUCCUGACUUGACUGAUAUCAGUGGGCUGCCUUCAUCUAAUACGGUUGCUACUUCCAUUGAGCAAUUGUCGGCUGAUCCAGCUGUUGUUCCCACUGUUGAUCAGUCAAGUUCGGGGGGUGACCAAUUUGGCAGACAAUCUGAGUUAUCACCUUCUCACAAUGCAGUUUCUUUGACCACUGAAGUAGAUUCUGACGUGAGACCGCCCCCAGCUGAUGCUGUUGUUGCUAACACUAACCUUGUCCCUGAGCCUGAGCCUGCCCCUGCAGCACCUGCUGGUAUAACAUCAGCUGAAGUGGUUGAUGGCUCCAGCAGUGAUCAGUCGCACUUGUCCACUGAUUCUCCCAUUAACAGUGAGGUUUUGGCUGAAUUGGAGGGAAGUCUGCCUGGGUCUGUGAAAAAUGAAGAGGUCACCCCUGAUGCUCUAGCUUCCUGCAGUGGUACUGCCACUGCUGUGCCCCCAGCUGUCACAGUUGAUCAAAUGGAUUCAGUUGCUGACCAGCCUGUUUCAUCCAUCCUUGGGCAGCCUUUAGCAAUUGCCAUUCAAGAAGAACUGUCUUCAUCUGCUACCAUGGUGUUCCCUGCUGAUAAUGGUGCUGAUAGUCCAGCAUUAGUUGACCCUGUUACUCCUGUUGCCACUUUGACCACCAAUUCAGUUGCUGCCACUGCCCAUCCACCUUCAGUUUCUGACCCUCAUGACUCUGUAACUGCCAGCUCCGGACCUUCUCCAUGUGACUCUGCUAUAGCUACCUCUCCUGUGCUACCUGCAAAUGCCCUUCAGCUACUUUCAUCUGAUGCACAAGUUACAACUGACGUGGCUGCGAAGCUUUCGUCUGAUGUAGCUGCUGUACCUACAACCCCUGUGCCUUUGCCUGAUGAUAGUGUUAUCACUCCAGCUAAGUUGUCUUUCCCUGAAGCUGAUACUGUUGUUGAUGAACCUGUGCCCACUGAUGGAAUUGGUGAUCAAGUGUCUGUGCUCACUGCAGACAAAGCUGUGCAGCUUCCUGUGCUCUCCAGUAAAGUGGCAAUGGUCCAGAUGCCCUUGCCCUCCAGUCCUCCAGAAAUGGCAGCAGCUGAGUCUCCAGUUGCACUUGCGGCAACUGAACCACGUGAUAUUGUGCCCCUUUCUUUUCCUGAAAAGCCUUCCGACGAUUCUGAUUUUACUGUGUGUCAAGACGCGCUCUGUGCCAAUGAGGCUACUCUCAAGCAGUCACUGACAACAGUCCUACCAGCUCAGCUCCUUCAGUCUUUAGACUUGCCCUCUUCAGAGCCUCAACCCCUGGUUUCUGAGCUAGCUUUAUCUACCCAAAUUGCUCACACUUCUGACUCGCUUCUGCCUUUUGAUCCUCCUGCAAAUUCACAGCUUCAGCCGCCUCUGCACGCUGCCACUGAGUUGCCACCCUCUAUACCUGUUUCUGAUUACUCAUCUGUUGAGGGACCUACAUCCACUGAACUUUCUUUGUCUUCAGAAUCUAGACCUGUCACUGAAUUUCCUGCAUCUCUCAUUCUCCCACCUGCCUCUGUUCAACUCACUACCCCAUCCCCUGAAUUGUCUUCUUCUGUCCAAAUUGAUGACGAUGACGAGAUGCCUCCUUUGAUUCCUGCUAUCAACAAGACUCCCCCCUGUGAAGCUCCUGCCCCAACUGUUGUUGAGAAGGCAGUUCCCAAGAUUGCUCUGACUGGAAAGGAAGCGGUGAAGCAAAAUGAUGAGGGGUCUGGGACAGAAUCGGACAGCGAUGAAUCGGUACCAGAACUGGAAGAACAGGAUACAACGCAGUCAGCAACACAGCAAGCUCAGCUUGCAGCAGCGGCUGAAAUUGAUGAAGAGCCAGUUAGCAAAGCAAAACAGAGCAGAAGUGAAAAGAAAGCACGAAAAGCAAUGUCAAAACUAGGUCUUCGCCAGGUUACUGGAGUGACAAGGGUUACAAUAAGAAAAUCAAAAAACAUACUGUUUGUCAUCACAAAGCCAGAUGUCUACAAGAGCCCAGCAUCAGAUACCUAUAUUGUUUUCGGUGAAGCUAAGAUUGAGGAUUUAUCUCAACAAGCUCAGCUAGCUGCUGCCGAGAAAUUCAAGGUACAGGGAGAAUCUGUUGCCAAUAUACAAGAAAACACACAGACUCCAACUGUACAGGAGGAGAGCGAAGAAGAGGAGGUUGAUGAAACUGGUGUGGAGGUCAAGGACAUAGAAUUGGUCAUGUCCCAAGCCAAUGUGUCUAGGGCUAAGGCUGUCCGUGCAUUGAAAAAUAACAACAAUGAUAUUGUAAAUGCUAUUAUGGAGUUGACGAUGUAAGCUUCAGGAAAUAAGUGGGUAUCAGCAUUUUGGUGCAGCAUCAGUACAUUUGUACCAUUUAUAUAAAUAAACCUGAAAUAAAAAUGUGGCUUGAAAUAGUAAA